AUGGCAUUUCAGCGGCGGCGCCACCACUUCUAUCAACGCUUCCGUCUCAUGAUUCCGGUGAUUUCCGCCGUCGCUGCCGUUCUACUCUUUCUCUUUGCUAUGCUUUCCUUCUUAGCUCCUUCUCCCAUCGAAUCCGAUCAAAUGCACCGGAGACGCCAUUACACCGCGGUUAACGGUAAAGCGAAUGAUGCGAUUGGAAAACCUGUUUUCCGCGUUCCGAAAAAUGGAGGAAAGAUGAGUCACGAUGUGUGGAGUUCAAGAAAUUCGGAGCACUUCUAUGGCUGCAGCAAUGCCAGCAGCAAGUUUCCAAAAGCUCAAGUCACUACAAGGCCUAAUCGGUAUUUGUUGAUUGCAACUAGUGGAGGCUUGAAUCAACAAAGAACUGGGAUUACAGAUGCUGUUGUUGUUGCGCGAAUUUUGAAUGCUACUCUGGUUGUUCCAAAAUUGGAUCAACGAUCUUACUGGAAAGAUUCUAGUAACUUUUCAGAGAUCUUUGAUGUUAAUUGGUUUACCUCAUACUUAUCAAAUGAUGUCAAAAUUAUCAAGCAACUCCCAAGUAUUAAUAAGGGUAGGAAAGCAUUAUCUGCAUACAACAUGCGUGUUCCAAGGAAAUGUAACGAGAGAUGUUAUAUAAAUCGUAUACUGCCUGUACUCGUGAAAAAGCGUGCUGUUCAACUCAACAAGUUUGACUACAGGCUUGCAAACAGGUUGGAUACUGAGUAUCAGAAGUUGAGAUGCAGAGUUAAUUACCAAGCUCUAAGAUUUACUGAUCCAAUACAAGAAAUGGGUGAAAAAUUGGUCAAGCGGAUGAGGAUGAGAAAGAAGCAUUACAUUGCAUUGCAUUUGAGGUAG